UAAGCCAAUUCAUUAAAUAAGCUCUCAAUGUCUCUGUUUUCUUUACGUAGUUACAGAUUCUGAAUCUCCUUUUGAUAACGGUUCUCUGUCCUUUUAGGAUUGAUAUAACUCCAUGGCAUUCUCCAAACUUAGUUUCAUCUUCGUGCUUGUUCAUGUCUCUCUCUUAUUUUCCAGCUUGGUGCUCAGUAAUGAUGAUGAAGACAAUCUUCUUCAAGGGAUCAACAGUUACAGGCAAUCAGUAAAUUUACCCCAGUUCGUAAAGAAUGGCAAAGCAGAGUGCUUAGCUGAUAAAAUAGCCAGUGAAUUAGAGGACCAACCUUGCACCACCAUAACCACAGGUUCCACCAUUGUGCCAGCCACCCAGACCCAACUGGCCAACUACCCUAAGCUCUUGAACAAGUGCAAAAUCGAUAUGAACACCACAUCAGAUGGGGUGAUACUCCCAGUUUGCGUCCCCAAAAUGGUCCCAACCCUUGUUCUCACAAACUACACGCAUUCUUCUUAUGCAAAGUACCUCAACAAUUCCAAGUAUACUGGGGUUGGUGUUGGAUCUGAGGAGGAUUGGAUGGUGGUUAUUUUGACAACUAGUACUUCUACUGGAAGCUUUUCAAAGGCUGUGUCCUUAGUUUCCCAGAUGGGUUUUGGUCAUUACUUACUUCCCAUCGCUUUAGGGGGAUUAAUGUUUGUUUUAAGCUGAAGUACACAAGUUGGGUUUUUUGUCUUUCUUUUCUAUUGUGUACUGUUGUAGUGUGCAUCUUUAAGCAACUUUCAUCUCUGUAAAUUAUGCUUUUUUAACAUCAGAAAAGACGUGAUUCACUAGAGCUUUCUUCAGUGUUUUUUUCUUUCUACAAUUUCUAUUGAUUUAAUUUUGGUGUAGAUGUAGAUAAUGUCAAAAAGUAAAAAAAUUCAUUUACAAGAGAUGAUUUUCCCCCAUUGAAAUCCACCUUUUGUGAUCAAAAGGUUGGUACAGUCUGGCAUACAGAGUCAUAUUAUUCUUGUAACAUAAGUGUAACGAGCAAAUAUGGCAUAUGGAAUCGCCUCCACUGCCAAGAUAACUUAAAGUAAGCAAAGUAUUAAAGAAGAAUAUUUAAUUUGAGAGCAAAGAAGUCUUCAAGUACAAGAGGUUUUUUUUUCUUCUUAUAUAUAUUGGUUACAUAUCCAAAGGCUCUUCACACCUAAUGAUAUAUAUCUUCCAAUUAAAUUGAACACAUAAACCAAAGGAAGGAUCUUCAGAUACUUAUCAAUGGCCUUCUCCAACAUGAGCCUAGUUCUUUUUGCACUUGCUAGUACUUUGCUCUUGUAUUCUCAUCCAGUGGAAUGUAAUGAGAAAGAAGAUGAUAUAUUCAACGCGAUCAACGAUUACCGGCAAUCGCAUAACGUAUCGGCUCUGAAGAGGAACAACCCAGCAGAUUGCCUUGCCGACGAAAUCGCCGAUGAUCUCGCCGAUCAGGACUGCACUGGUAACGAAGCUUUCGCCAAAGAUCCAUAUCGCACGGUUCCCAUGCUCGUCAAUUUCCCUAAGCUCGCCAAGAAGUGCGAUAUCGAAGUAAACUCCACCAUGGACGGUAUCAUUUUGCCGGUCUGUGUCCACAAAUUGGUCAGAGAUGUCGUUCUCAAUAACUUCACAAAGACUGCCUACACGAAGUUCCUCAAAGAUAAGAAGUAUACCGGCGCUGGUGUCGGCUCCGAGAACGACUGGCUUGUUAUGAUUCUGAGCACCGAUAAGCCCAGCGGGAGCUUUUCGGGUGCUACUUCUUUGGUUGCGUUUGGGAUUGUUCAGUUCUUUGUUAUGUCGUUUUCUGGAUUGCUUCUUGCUAUUACGCUGUCGUUUUGAUAUUCUCGGGCGAAUUUUCUCAUUUUUUAUGUCGUUUGAUUGAUUGAUUGUGGUUUGUGAAUUUUAAUUUUCUCAAGUGUGAAGUAAAGAAUAAAUGAUUUUGUGAUGA